AUGGAAUUGCCGCCAAAGAUCGAGGGUGAUCUCGAGUCCAAUGUGACCUACGAAUACGACUGGUUGUUGGACGACCACCCACUUCGCUCAUAUCCCACCGAGUGCAUUCCCGGUCUGGGUGCCAUCUUCACGGAAGGAUAUAUCUCCGUGCGGAAGCAUUGGAAAGAGUUCUUGGUGCGCGGUGUUUGCCUGGUAAUCGCAUGCUGUGCCGCUUUCCAAUUUCUUCAAUAUGUCCCAUCAUUGAAUAAAAGUCUAGCCCCGGGCUCCCGUCUUAGCCCUCGCGAGUGGGAAGUGAAAUGCACUUUCCCUUUUUCGGAUCCCCGCCCGAGUGCCCUCACGCAAUCCGUUGUUGCCGGUUGCGAUGGCUUCCGCACCGAUAUUUGGCUAGACAGUCAUGAUCUUCAGAUGGGUCCCGUAGGCUCAGAGCCGAAAGAUGAUAAUAACCUUCAACUUCGACUCAACGCGCUUUUCACGCGCCUGCAGCGGCGCGAUCUCUCCGAUCCUUCGCAAAUUCCCUUGGAGACGGAGAGUCCGGCCGAGGCGAUCGAGUCGACGCUAACCAAAUCUUUCUACCUUGUUCUUGAUGCGCAAUCUCCUGUCCGGGAAGUUCUCGGUUUGCUUCUCCCACAAUUUGAGACCCUCCGCCAACAAGGCUACCUGACCACCUGGGAUGGUGCGCAGGUGGUUCCGGGCCGAGUAACUGUCAUUGUUACAGGAGAGACUGUACCUGAAUGCCUCGGUGUUCAAUCCUCCGAUAUCUUUUGGGCUCUGAGGGAUGACAUUUCCCGGAGUGAUCUCACGAAUGAUCAUCUGAUCCCAUUGUGUGCCGAAUGA